AUGAUCGAUUUCACCCUCAGUCCAUCUCAGGCCGAAACGCAGCAAGCUGCUCGCAGCUUUGCUCAAAAUGUGCUGAAAGAUGCCAAGGCUGUUUACGGGAAAGCAACGGACCAGAAAUCUCGAUUCCAGGCGACCCGGCCUCUCUAUGGCGCUGCCGUGCGCGAGGGUCUUGUGAAAGCCCAGGUUCCUGUUGCCCUGGGGGGCACCUCGGAGAGCCUCGUCGAUGCGGCCAUCACUCUAGAGGAGCUGUUUGCGGUCGAGUCUGCGGCUUCAAUCACUGUCGUAGCGACGGCGCUUGGUCUGAUGCCAUUGAUGCUCGCCGGCACGCCGAGUCUUCAUGAAAAGUAUCUGAAACCCUUCCUCUUGAAGGAAGGCGAGCCCUUGGCCAGUCUGAUGCACUCCGAGCCGGCCGGAACUGCGAAUUGGCUGGAGAAGGGUGGUUUGGGCCUUCAAACAACUGCCAGAAAACAAGGAGAUGAUUGGAUCAUCAACGGAGAAAAGCUCUGGACCUCGAACAGUGCAGGCUGGGAUGACAAAGGCGCGGACCUCGCCUGCGUCGUAUGCAGGCUCUCUGAUGACCCGAGCCAACCGCAGGAUCCUGAGGUUGAUCCGGCUUCUCUGAUUCUCAUCUUAUUGGUAACUCGCGAGGUUAUCGCCGCGAAUGACCAAAGCGCGUACCAGGUUCUUGGCGAACCGGAAUUGGCAGGACAUAUAGCAACUUCAGGUCCACACACUCGCUUCACCGAGUUCCGAGUGCCCGGAGAGAACCUUCUUACACCCCCUGGCCAGAGUGUCCCGAUCGUGGAGAUGGCCUUCGGCACGUCGGCCGCUCUCGUCGGUGCUAUGGCGCUUGGAACAAUGCGUGCUGCGUUCGAUGCGGCACUCGAAUUUGCCGUGUCUGACCCACGCGGGGGCUCGAAACCCAUCAUUGAGCAUCAGAGUGUCGCCGACAAGCUGAUCGACUGCAAGGCCAAGAUUGAGACCAGUCGGCUGUUGCUGUGGAAAUCAGUGCACACCUUAGACAACCCCUCCAUCGACUGGAAGGUGAAACUCGACCUGGCCUUGCAGACAAAGAUCUAUGUUACGGAUUGCGCAGUAGACUGUGUCGUGGAUGCCAUGAAGGCAGUUGGUAUGAAGUCAUAUGCAAAUGACACCUCUUUCCCGAGAUUGCUAAACGACGCGAUGUGUUAUCCGCUAUUUGACGGUGGAAAUAUCGGCUUACGGCGACGGCAAUUGCAGGACCUCAUGGCAGAGAAGGAUUACUACCCGUGGGCGGCAACAUACCCUGUUAAGCUUUAG